AUGUCUUUUCCCUCCUUCGAGCGCCAAGCCCCGCCCGCCGUUUCCACGCCGGCCACUCCGGAGCUGCUCCGGUCCAACUCGUACGACUCCCAGAGGGGAGCCGAGCCCAUCUCGCCCAUCACUCCCAUCUACGAUCCGGGGUACCAAUACACCCCGGCUUCCGGGCUCGAGAUACGCCUCUCCUAUGAGGAGUAUCCCGCCGAACGCCAGUUCUCCUCCGACGCUCUCGAACGGCGGCCCUCGUACGAUGGUGACUUGUACACCACCGAGGCCGCACCCUCCCCAACCACUGGCCCCAACAUUCCCCAGGGCGGUGAGAAACCUCCGAGGCGCCACGCAUGUCGCUACCGCGACGAGUUGCGCUGCUACAGCACCUUCACCACCUCCGGCCACGCCUCCCGUCACGCCAAAAUCCACACGGCCGAGAAGGCCGUUCCCUGCGAGUAUCCCGGGUGCACCAAGAAGUUCACGCGUACCGACAACAUGAAGCAGCACCUAGAAACCCAUUACAAGGGCAAAUCCCGUUCCGCCCGCUCAGGGUCUAUCUCUAGGAAAGAAAGGCGAGCCUCCGCCGCUCGGCGCCGGUCCGUGUCGCCGCAGUCACUCUCUCCGACAGGAGACCCGGCCGACCAGCGCGCGAGGAUGGCCAUAGAGGCCGAGGCAUACGCGGGGGCCCGGGUCUUGCCGCACCUCCCGUUGCGUCAGGCCGAACACCCCUACCACCACGGCCAGACUCUGGCGAUGGCCCAGGCCGCACCCACAUCCCCGACGACAACGGGGCCGUCCAACUCGACGAGGGGGCUUGACGCCCUUGCCUCGGUCGCCUUGCAACAGGGAGGCCAAUGA